GGGCGAAACCCGGAAGAGAAGCUCCCGGUGGGUGCAUGGCUGGGCGGCCGUGGAAGCUUCCUCCUCGGCGGCGCCUUUUAGAUGCGGCGCUCACUCCACCCGCUGGGCUGGGUCUGGCUGUGGGUGCUGCACCUGCCCCUGGCCACGGGGAAGGCCGUCGACGUCGCCCACUACAGAGAACGAGUCAAGUCCAUGUUUUAUCAUGCUUAUGAUAACUACCUAGAAAAUGCCUUCCCGUAUGAUGAACUGCGUCCAUUGACAUGUGACGGGCAGGACACUUGGGGAAGUUUUUCUCUUACACUGAUCGAUGCACUGGAUACCCUGUUAAUUUUGGGUAACAUAUCUGAGUUCCAGAGAGUUGUCAGUGUGCUGCAAGAAGGCGUGAACUUCGAUAUCGAUGUAAAUGCUUCUGUCUUUGAAACCAAUAUCAGAGUGGUUGGUGGUCUCCUGUCUGCUCAUUUGUUAUCUAAGAAAGCUGGUGUUGAAGUGGAAGCAGGAUGGCCAUGCUCUGGGCCCCUGUUGAGGAUGGCAGAGGACGCAGCCCGAAAACUUUUACCAGCCUUCCAGACACCAACCGGAAUGCCCUAUGGGACAGUGAAUUUACUACAUGGAGUAAACCCUGGAGAGACACCAAUUACUUGUACUGCUGGUAUUGGUACAUUUAUACUGGAAUUUGCUACACUAAGUCAUCUCACAGGUGACCCAGUAUUUGAAGAUGUUGCCAGAAAGGCUCUUAAGACCCUUUGGAAAAAUCGGUCAGACAUCGGCCUGGUGGGAAAUCAUGUUGAUGUAGUAACUGCCAAAUGGGUAGCCCAAGAUGCUGGGAUUGGAGCAGGAGUAGAUUCUUAUUUUGAAUAUCUUGUUAAAGGAGCCAUCUUAUUACAAGAUGAAGAACUCAUGUCCAUGUUUUUAGACUAUAACAAAGCUUUAAAGAAUUAUACGAAAUUUGAUGAUUGGUACCUCUGGGUUCAAAUGUACAAAGGGACUGUCUCAAUGCCAGUUUUUCAGUCCCUGGAAGCCUACUGGCCUGGAUUACAGAGCCUUAUUGGAGACAUAGAUAGUGCGAUGCGGACAUUGCUCAAUUAUUACACCGUUUGGAAGCAGUUUGGUGGGCUGCCUGAGUUCUACAAUAUCCCUCAGGGUUAUACAGUAGAAAAGCGUGAAGGAUACCCACUGAGACCUGAACUAAUAGAGAGUGCCAUGUAUCUCUAUCGUGCUACGGGAGAUCCCACCCUUUUGGAGCUGGGCAGAGAUGUUGUAGAGGCAAUAGAAAAAAUCUGCAAGGUUGAAUGUGGCUUUGCAACAAUCAAAGACCUGCGAGAUCACAGACUAGAUAACCGCAUGGAGUCCUUCUUCUUGGCAGAAACAGUAAAAUACCUGUAUCUCCUGUUUGACCCUGAGAACUUCAUUCAUAACAAUGGGUCAUCUUUUGACGUCAUGCUGACUCCCUAUGGGGAGUGUAUUCUUGGCGCCGGUGGAUACAUUUUCAACACUGAAGCCCACCCAAUAGAUCCUGCCGCCCUGCACUGUUGCAGGAAACAAAAGGAGGAGCAAUGGGAGGUGGAAGAUUUAAUGCAGGAGUUCUAUUCUUUCAAAAGAAGCAAGAAGUUCAAUUUUCCAAGAACUUCAGAUCAAUGGGAAAAGGGGAGGCAAAAAGAUUCUACUGAUACUUCCUCAGAAAACUGCAAGGAACAAAUAUCCUCAAAACAGAAAGAAAAAAGGAGAACUCCACUUCUGAGCUGCCCCACUCAACCCUUCAGCUCAAAACUGGCUGUUCUAGGCCAAGUCUUCUUUGACAAUACAUGAUUCAGAGUUGUUGAAUUUAAUAAACAUCUAUUUUGUUUGCACCUUU